CCACGUCGAUUGGGUGACUGUCCUUUGCGCCCCCCGCUGAUUGGCCAGAGUCUCUGCCAGUUCUUUUCAGGCUAGUGGCGCGGGCCCGGGCCGCCGGCGGGAGCGCGAGCGGUUGUGCAGCGGAGGAAGUGUCUCCGCAGGGAAGAUGCUUCCUUUAUCGCUGCUGAAGACAGCACAGAACCACCCCAUGCUGGUGGAGCUGAAGAAUGGGGAGACGUACAACGGGCACCUGGUGAGCUGCGACAAUUGGAUGAACAUCAACCUGCGGGAGGUGAUCUGCACGUCACGGGACGGCGACAAGUUCUGGCGGAUGCCCGAAUGCUACAUCCGAGGCAGCACCAUCAAGUACCUUCGCAUCCCUGAUGAGAUCAUCGACAUGGUUCGGGAGGAGGCUGCCAAAGGCCGUGGGCGAGGGGGACCGCAGCAGCAGAAGCAGCAGAAAGGCCGAGGCAUGGGCGGCGCCGGCCGAGGUGUUUUUGGUGGCCGGGGCCGGGGUGGCAUCCCAGGUGCAGGCCGAGGCCAGGCCGAGAAGAAGCCAGGGCGGCAGGCAGGCAAGCAGUGAGCGGCCACAGCCUGAAUGGAGCCCAGGACGAUGGGCAAGGCCUCUGGUCCAGUGAAGUCCCUGGUUGGCCACUGACUCGGUUUCUGGAAGAGUCUGAGCUGCCCCUGAAGCCUUGUUUGUCCUUUGCAGGACUGGCUUCUGCCAGGCUUGUUUGAGUUUCACGUUGGAGCCGUAGGUGCAGCCCAUGGCGGGCCUGCCUUCACUCCCCAGCCUGAGCCCUCACCUCUUGUGUUAGGAAAAUAAAGGCAAGCACCAUGGAAGGAGCCAGCCCUUCCUCUGCCACCCACUCAGCUGCCCUAA